AUGGACAGUAUUAGUGAAGAUAAAGUGGUUCCGGCUGAGCAGGCGGGGGAGCGUAUCGACAAAGCUGCAGCACAUCUGUUUGCAGAUUUUUCCCGCGCAGAGCUGGCUCGCUGGAUCACUUCAGGUGAACUUACAGUGGACGGGAAGGCUGUUAAACCGCGUGAAAAGUUGCGUGGUGGCGAGCAUCUGACGCUGCGGGCGCAGCGCGUGGUGCGUGAAGCCUGGCAGGAAGCUCAACCCAUCGAGCUGGAUAUUCUUUAUGAAGAUGAACAUCUGCUGGUGAUCAAUAAGCCGGCGGGGUUGGUGGUGCAUCCCGGCGCGGGUAACCCCUCCGGUACCCUCGUGAACGGCUUGUUGAACCAUCGUGACGCCUUCAGCCGGCUGCCACGAGCUGGCAUCGUGCAUCGCCUGGACAAAGAUACCAGUGGGGUCAUGGUGAUCGCUGCGGAUGAACUCACCCAGCUGCGUCUGUCCCGCUUGAUUGAACAGCGCAAAAUAAGCCGUGAAUAUGAAUGUGUGGCGGAAGGACGAAUGGUUGCCGGCGUCGAUGUGGAUCGCCCGAUAGGCCGAGACCCUCACGUACGCACCCGUCAGGCGAUUGUAGAAGAGGGUAAACCCGCGCAGACUCAGUUUCGUGUGCUGCAGCGAUACCGUGCGCACACGCUGGUCCAUGCGCGCCUGCAGACAGGCCGUACCCAUCAGAUCCGCGUGCACAUGCAGAGUAUUGGUUAUCCCCUGGUAGGGGACAAACGCUAUGGCGCACGCGGCAAGCUACCGCCGGGUUGUGAGCCGGAACUGAUACAUCUGAUGCAGAAUUUUCCUCGACAGGCGUUACAUGCCAAGCGAAUCGCCUUUGAGCAUCCGAUUAGCCAAGCGCAAUUGGAGGUUGAGGCUACCUGGCCUGAGGAUUUUGCUGGAUUAGUCGCCGGCUUGCAGGCGGACGUUGGCUAG